AUGGUUCCCCUCUCUUCCCCUAUGGUCUCUCAGGUGGCUGUUCCCGAAUACCCCAUAGUUGAAUCCGGCUGGUUCCGGAUAAUUGGCGCCCAACGCAAGAUCCUGACGGGGGAUUAUACAGUCCACCUAAGCACAAGCAACGGCAAGAACGUGGGGAAGUGCAAGUGUGUGAAUGAUGGGAAGAUGACCUCUCCUUGGAAUUGCCUCCUCUACAUCUUCCAGUUAUUCCUUGCCUGCCUCGGUCGGAGCCCUCACUUCCCUGCCAGGCAAACCUGGGAAAUCAUUAACCCGAUCAACCAAAGAAUUCUUUCGCGGGUCACUUCACAGAACAUGCCUCCUCUCACUUGGUUCCCCGAGCUUUUUAUUGACUUUUGUCAGUUAGGAAACCCUUCUUCCUCCUCGUUUCACUACUGUUCACCUGCCACUCCACUUCCGCCCGGGACGAAAAUGAUACCUACAUUCCCCAUCUACGGUUGUCCAGGAUUCUCCCAACCUGACUUUUGCGGUGGUCUUUCUGAAGGAUUCUGUGCCAUCUGGGGGUGUGAGACUAUCGGUACUGUACAUUGGGUCCCAAAAAAUCGGGAUCUUAUCCAAAUUACAAGCGGACUUCGACCGCCUUCUUGUAUUUUGAAUAAUCCCCCUAAGAUCCCUAAUUGUAAUCCCCUUAACAUCUCGUUUACCAGCACCGGGAAAUUGGAUUCCCGAUGGACCGAUGGUCUCACCUGGGGAUUGCGCCUUUAUAAGAUUGGCCCGGAUGAUGUUGUUCUUAUGACUAUCCGCCUCCGAAUCAAAACCAUCACAGUUUCGGUUGGCCCUAAUACUAUUUUCACUGAGCGACAACCCCCACUUCCCCCCCUUCCGCCAGUACGGUUCCCCUCUGUUACCCACACUCCCCUUGAUAAUUCCAGACCCCAUUCAAUCUCUGCCAAGUUUAGACCUCACCUGACCCCAAACCCAAUCCCUUACCUCCCUCCUGCUUCUACUUCUCAGCGUCUCCUUAACCUUAUCUUCGGUACAUAUAUGGCCCUAAAUUUCUCUCAACCCGAUAAGACUAGAGACUGUUGGUUAUGCCUCCCUGCUACCCCUCCUUAUUAUGAAGCUUUUGCUUUAAACCUCGAUCCUGAUUAUUAUAUCCAGCCCCCUGAACAUUGUUUUCAUGAACCCCCCAAGCUUACUAUUUCUGAUCUCUCCGGGUCCGGUCUCUGCUUGGGGAAACCACCCUCUCCUUAUGAUUCUUUAUGUAAUUCCACUCUGCAGAGGCAUCUAGGUAGUUUCUACCUGAUUGCACCCAAUAACACCUUUUGGGCAUGUAACACCGGCCUCACUAAAUGCAUUAUAGGGACCCGUUUCAAUUUUUCCUCUGAAUUCUGUAUCCUUAUAUCCCUUUGGCCCCGUAUUACUUAUCAUUAUGGCCCCUACGCUUUAACAACAAUUGACUCCUCUGCCUUACGGUAUAAACGAGAAGUUCUUUCUCUCUCUAUUAUUACCCUCCUAGGCCUCGGAGGAAUAGCCACUGGCAUUAGUACCGGGACCACAGCUCUUGUGGAAACACGUUAUCUCCAAUCUCUCCAUACAGCACUUAUUGCAGAUCUUGAGGAUAUUGAAAAAUCAGUUACAGCCCUAGAAAAAUCUCUCACCUCCCUUUCGGAAGUUGUUUUACAGAAUAGACGGGGACUUGACCUUUUAUUCUUAAAAGAGGGCGGGUUAUGUGUUGCACUUAAAGAAGAAUGCUGCUUUUAUGCAGAUCAUACCGGUAUUGCCCGAGAAUCCAUGGCAAAAUUAAGAGAGCGAUUAGCUCAGAAAAAGAGGGAGGCCAAGGCACGAGAAGGAUGGUUUAAUACACUCCUUAAAAACUCCCCUUGGCUAUCUACUCUGAUCCCUACUAUUAUUACACCACUUCUUAUUCUUAUAUUAGCUCUUACUUUUGGCCCUUGGGGUUUCCAACAUCUAACCAAAUUCAUUAAAUCAAACGUAGACUCAGCCCUUGAUAAGUUUCCUACGGUUCAAUGCCAUCGUAUUCAGAUAACGGACGCGGAACAACCUCACGAUACUCGUCUACAUUUUAACAGGGCGGUGGCUGUUCCCGAAUACCCCAUAGUUGAAUCCGGCUGGUUCCGGAUAGUGAACUGUCACUUUGAGUUUAUCCUUAUCCAACUUGGAGAAAACUAUUAA